AGACUUACCUUUAAUAUAUAUGCUGGUUCAAACACUAAAUAACGUUUAUAAAUCAUAGUCGUCUUCUAUUAUUAUCAAAUAAAUAAAAGAGAGCAAAGUUUCUAGCACUAAAAUAAUGACCACCACAGGAAGUUAAUUUGAAACGCGAUUUUUUAUAAGUUAGCAGCUAUUAUCAUGCAUAUUCAGAGUUGUUUUGUGAACUUUCAACAUUCUACUAUUAAACUACAAAAAAUGGAAGAUUUUGCAACGAAUAUAAAACUUAUAUUGAGCGUCGAAAGAUUUUCCCGGUUUUUUCCCGAUUCGCCUGUCAAUCCCUAAUCGCCCCAUUUUACCGGUACCGUACCUAUGUACCUACAUAAGUACAAACUUACAUUACUUACUACAUAGUCAAAGUUUAAAUUACCUACUAAAAAUUACUUAAAAUCACUACUUAAGUGUAUAAUCUAUGAUCACUACCUUACGUAAAAUCAUCGAAAUAUUUAAUUUUGUCAAUUAUAUCUGUAUAAAAAUAUGCGACAAACUUUAUAUACAGUAAACGUUACUGUAUACCUGUGAAAUAAGAUAAAACCUUAUUUACAUUAAUUAGUAAAAUAUUGCAAAAAUGCCUAAAUUCGAUGAAAAACCCCGAGUUUUUCUUGAAGAAUUCCGUGUUAAGAAUGCACCCGAAGAUUACGGAUUAGACGAUGAAACAUGGGACUUCAAAAAGUUUGUGAAGAAGUUUAAGAUAGUUGUAGUACGAAUGGACAAUUUCGAAAUGGAAUUUGACUUGAUUGGGAUCCAGCCAGCAUUUGCGAACGCAUUCCGGAGACUCAUGUUAAGUGAAGUUCCUAGUAUGGCUAUUGAAAAAGUAAUGAUCAAGAACAACACUUCUAUAAUACAGGAUGAAGUUUUAGCACACAGAUUAGGAUUGAUUCCUCUCAAAGCUGAUCCAAGAUUGUUUGAAUAUAAAUCUGAAGACACGGAAGGAACAGAAUUCAACACUUUAGAAUUUUCACUAAAAGUAAAAUGUACCAAUAGCAAGUCACAACCAAAAGAUUCAUAUAGAGCUGAAGAUUUGUAUGAAAAUCAUAGUAUUUAUUCAUCCCAUAUGAAGUGGCAUCCAAUUGGCAACCAAGCUACAGUUUAUAAAGAAGCUGAUGUGGGUCCUGUACAUAAGGAUAUUCUUAUAUCAAAAAUGAGACCUGGCCAUGAAAUAGACCUUCAAAUGAUUGCCGUGAAGGGCAUAGGAAAGGAUCAUGCAAAAUUUUCACCUGUUGCAACAGCUACAUACAGAUUGCUGCCAGAGGUAACACUGACUCGUGAAGUUUGUGACAGUGAAGCCACACUGUUGCAGAGUUGUUUCUCACCAGGUGUUAUUGGUAUUGACUCUAAAAACCGAGCAUAUGUGAAAGAUGCAAGAUAUGAUGCAUGUAGUCGUAAUGUUUAUAGAUAUGACACAAUCAAAGAUUCAGCAAUCCUAAGUAGAGUUCGGGAUCAUUUCAUAUUUAAUGUGGAAUCAGUUGGAGCAAUUCCACCUCAGAUAAUUUUUGUAGAGGCAGUAAAAAUUUUAAGAGAUAAAUGUAGAUCUUUUUUGGAUGAAUUAAAUAAAUUUAGUUAAACUGGUCUUAAAUAA